AUGGAGUCCGACCCCACCGAGCCUAAAUUCCCUCAGCCGGUGGAUGAGGAGGUAGAGAGCUAUGCUCCUACCUGUUCUAGUGGAGGCAGAAGAGAGGCAUUGACAUUAAGGGUUAUACCUACUGAGGUAGACAGAUGCCAUAGGUUUGAGGAGGGGUUGAAUGAUAAUGUGAAGCUCCAUAUUCCAACACUUCGGAUUAUGGAUUUUUCUCAAAUGGUGGAGGCUGCUCUGAAUGUGGAGAGGACUGAGAGAUCUGAGACAGUAGAGAGACCAGAGGUCAGGGCACCGGCUCGUGCCUAUGGUAUGAGAGCCCGGGAGGAACAGGAUAUGCCCGACCUGAUCCAGGGUACCUUCUUUCUCUAUGAUAUGCCUGUGCAUGCAUUGGUAGACCCAGGAUCCACAUAUUCAUAUAUUUGUAUUGCCUUGCCUGUGGAGAGAGGAGCUCAGAUAGAUGAGACUGAGCAAGAUAUUUUGGUCACUAACCCUUUAAGCCAUAGCAUAGUGGUGAAUAAAGUCUAUAAGGGUUGUCCCUUAAGAAUUCAGGGACAUGAGUUCUUAGCUGACUUGAUUGAGCUGCCAUUCCAUGAAUUUGACAUGAUACUGAGGAUGGAUUGGUUAUCGCAUCAUCAAGUGAUGGUAGAUUUUCGGUUGAAGUAG